UAUUACCAUUCGUUUGCUUGCUUGCAGAGGGACGACACGAGCCUGCUCGCUCAGUUUUUCUACGCGGACGAGGCUCUGAACGCGGUCGCCUGCGAGUUGGACUCGUUCGACGGCCGCCAAGAGCCGGAACGAUGCACCACCCUGGUGAAUCAGCUGCGCCACUGUCAGGACAAGGUGUUGACGAUAUGCAGCCAGAUAAUGGACGAGCUUAUACCAGAGAGCAGGGCGAACCGGGACUUCAGGGUGAAGUUCCCUGACGACGUGAUGCAGGAGAAUCUGGCGGGGCAGCUGUGGUUCGGCGCCGAGUGCCUCGCGGCUGGAUCCUCGAUCAUGAACAGGGAAGCUGAGAGUUCGGCCAUGAGGCCGCUGGCCAGGGCAUUGACCAAGUCGUUGGACAUCGUUAGGAAUUUGCUCAGAGAACACGCGCUGAAAGGCCACCUCAAUCUGAAGGUAUCUAUCGCACGUGCUCAUGAUCACCUGGUUCUUAUAUCUAUUAUACUUUGAUUGAUAGAUA